GCUGUCAUAGAGCCCCUGACUCUUUCCAAUACUUUCUCAUAUCAUAUUUGACUGCUGAAGUGAAAACAGUGCUUACGGAUUUAUAAUAAAAAAGCUCGUCAUGAUUCGCAUGUUUUCCAGUUACUCCACCACCCUUCAGCGUGGCAUCCGAAUCAAUCGGCAUCUGUGGGGCACCCGCUUCUAUGCCAAGGAUGUCAAGUUCGGCCCUGAGGUAAGGGGCAUGAUGCUGCAGGGUGUGGAUGUGUUGGCUGACGCCGUGGCGGUGACCAUGGGUCCCAAGGGACGCAAUGUGAUCAUCGAACAGAGCUGGGGAUCUCCCAAGAUUACCAAGGAUGGUGUGACAGUAGCCAAAUCGAUUGCCCUCAAAGACAAGUUCCAGAAUAUUGGAGCCAAGUUGGUCCAGGACGUGGCCAACAACACGAACGAGGAGGCGGGCGAUGGCACCACCACAGCCACUGUCCUGGCCCGUGCCAUUGCCAAGGAAGGUUUCGAGAAGAUAUCUCGCGGCGCCAAUCCCGUGGAGAUCCGGCGAGGUGUUAUGCUGGCUAUCGAGUCGGUCAAGGACAACCUGCGUAAAAUGUCGCGCCCGGUGAGCACCCCGGACGAGAUCUGUCAGGUGGCCACUAUUUCGGCAAACGGCGACAAGUCUGUGGGCAACCUCAUAUGCGAGGCCAUAAAGAAGGUGGGCCGCGACGGCGUUAUCACGGUCAAGGAUGGCAAAACCCUCUGCGAUGAGUUGGAGGUAAUCGAGGGCCUGAAGUUCGACCGCGGCUACAUCUCGCCUUACUUCAUCAACGCCUCCAAGGGGGCUAAGGCCGAGUUCCAGGAUGCCCUGCUGCUCUUCUGCGAAAAGAAGAUCAAGUCGGCUCCAAGCAUCGUACCAGCCUUGGAGCUGGCGAAUGCCCAGCGCAAGCCACUGAUCAUCAUCGCCGAGGAUGUCGAGGGCGAAGCGCUGAGCACCAUGGUAGUUAACCGAUUGAAGGUGGGCCUCCAGGUGUGCGCCGUGAAAGCACCUGGCUUCGGGGACAACCGCAAGGAGACCUUGGAGGACAUGGCCAUCGCCACCGGGGGCAUCGUCUUCGGGGACGAGGCCAACCUGGUGCGACUCGAGGACGUAAAGUUGAGUGACUUCGGGCGAGUCGGCGAGGUAGUGGUCACCAAGGACGACACUAUGCUGUUGAAGGGCAAGGGGCAGAAGGAGCAGAUUAGCAAGAGAGUGGAGAACCUACGUGAGGCCAUCAAGGAGUCAACCUCCAACUACGAAAAGGAGAAGAUGCAAGAGCGGCUGGCACGGCUCUCGUCGGGGGUGGCGCUGCUCCGUGUGGGAGGCUCCAGCGACAUCGAGGUCAGCGAGAAGAAGGAUCGUGUCAACGACGCCCUCAACGCCACUCGUGCUGCCGUGGAGGAGGGUAUCGUGCCCGGUGGAGGCACCGCCUUGCUCCGCUGCAUCCAGAAGCUAAACGACAUCAACGGCGCCAACGAGGACCAGAAGUUGGGCAUCGAGAUCAUCCGGCGCGCCCUCCGCAUGCCCUGCCUCACGAUCGCCAAGAACGCCGGCGUGGACGGGGCCAUGGUGGUAGCCAAGGUCGAGAUCCUGGAUGGGGACUAUGGCUACGAUGCUCUGAAAGGCGAGUACGGCAACAUGAUAGAACGUGGCAUUAUCGACCCCACCAAGGUGGUGCGCACCGCCAUUACGGAUGCCGCCGGGGUAGCCUCGCUUCUGACCACCGCCGAGGCAGUUGUCACCGAACUGCCACUUGAGGACGCCGCCGCCGCUGGAGCUGCAGCCGGCCUGGGCGCUCUCGGAGGUAUGGGAGGAAUGGGCAUGUAGGCCUUCAAGGCUUUUUAGUACACAUAAUUUUAAACAUAAUUUAUACAUUGUCUAAAUUUUAAGCAUAGGAUGUUCAAACUUCAGCAACAUAUUACUGCAAUCGGUAUUCACACUAUUAUGUUGGCAGUCUUACACAUGUACUAAUUUUAUCAGAGUAUGUUGCGAACAUUAAUUAUUGAAUGAAAUGUCAAAUAAGAAUUUACUUUAAAAAUAUAAAAUGGUCAACUCGCA